CUGCUGUUUAGGGGACUGUUCAUUUGGGUCAGCAAACUCCAGGGUCAUGCUGCUCCGUCCUUAGCCCCUGCCCAGAGUGCAAGAGCAUGGUCCAGACCCUUCAGGCAGCCAGUUGGGCAAUCACCAGAUUGCAUCAUGGAAGAUGGUGUCUGUCUUCUCCUGCUGUUCUUAAAUGAAGUCAAAAUGUCAGUGAGACCAGACCUCCACCAGCUAGAAAAGUGUAUUGAUGAUGCUUUGAGAAAAAAUGAAUUCAAGCCUUUGAUGACACUUUUACAAAUUGAUAUUUGUGAAGAUGUGAAGAUUAAAUGCAGCAAACAAUUUCUCCAAAAGUUGGAUGACUUAAUAUGCAUGGAACUUAAUAAAAAGGAUAUCGAAACUAUUUCAAACAUCUUGAUAUUUGUUGGAAGAUGUAGCAAGAAUAUCUUUAUACUGGGACAAGCUGGACUUCUAACCAUGAUAAAACAAGGAUUAGUCAAAAAGAUGGUUUCCUGGUUUGAAAAUUCCAAGGAGAUUAUUCUGAGUCAAGGACAAUCAAAAGAUGAUGCUGUUAUGAAUAUGAUAGAAGACUUAUUUGAUCUUUUGAUGGUCGUAUAUGACGUCAAUGAUGAAGGUAAAAAACAAGUAUUGGAAAGUUUCAUACCUCUCAUCUGUGCCCUGGUUAUUGAUUCAAGAGUGAAUAUUUACAUUCAGCAGGAGGCUUUAAAAAAACUGAAUUUGAUGCUUGACAGAAUACCUCAAGAUGCCAACAAAAUACUUUCUAAUCAAGAAAUGUUAACUCUCAUGCAGAAUAUGGGAGAAAGGAUUUUAGAUGUAGGAGAUUAUGAAUUACAGGUAGGCAUUGUGGAAGCUUUGUGUAGAAUGACCACAGAAAAACGGAGACAAGAACUUGCAUUUCAGUGGUUUUCAAUGGAUUUCAUUGCUAAUGCAUUUAAAGAAGUUAAAGACUGUGAAUUUGAAACAGACUGCAGGACAUUUCUCAACUUGGUAAAUGGCAUGCUUGGUGAUAAGCGAAGGGUCUUUACAUUUCCUUGCUUAUCAGCAUUUCUUGAUAAAUAUGAGCUGCAGAUACCAUCAGAUGAAAAACUUGAGGAAUUCUGGGUUGAUUUUAAUGUUGGGAGCCAGACUCUGUCAUUCUACAUUGCCGGAGAUGAUGACGAUCAUCAAUGGGAAGCAGUCACUGUGCCUGAAGAAAAAGUUCAGAUGUACAACAUUGAAGUGAGAGAAUCAAAGAAACUACUGACUAUAACUCUGAAAAAUGUGGUAAAAAUUAUUAAAAAAGAAGGGAAGGAAUUACUAUUAUAUUUUGAUGCAUCAUUAGAAAUAACCAGUGUGACUAAAAAAAUAUUUGGUGAAAGUAAGUACAAGGAAUUUACCAGAAAACAAGGUAUUUCAGUUGCGAAAACAUCUAUUCAUAUACUUUUUGAUGCAAGUGGAUCACAGAUUCUAGUGCCAGAAAGUCAACCAUCUUCAGUCAAAGAAGACCUUGUUCAUCUAAAAGAGGAAUCUAACCACCAAAAGGGAGAUAUAAAUCCUCUCAAACAGGACAAUGGCAGCAGCCAGGGAGACAGAAAAGGCAGCCAGGAUGGGAUCACUACACCUAGCAGAAAGAAAAUGUCUGAAGCAUCAAUGAUUGUUCCCAGUACAGACAGAUACACGGAACGAAGUCCAAUACUCUUAGUCAACACAUCAACACCACAAAGAAGUAAGGCACCACUGCAAGCAAUAAAUUCUGCCGAAAAAGCUGUUUCUAAAACAUCAGAAAAUGGAAUGGAUUGUGCUCUGUCACUCAAGUCUAGACAAUCUGAUGGAAGAAAUAGACGGAAUAAUAGAUUCAAAAAUAACAAAACUACUAAAAUUGUAGGAAACAAGGAAAAUGAAUCCCCAGACCAAAAUUUUAAUGACAUUGAGGAUACUCUUUCUGAUGCAUGUGCAGUAGGAAAAGUAGAUAAGCCUGGAUUACCUGGUGUUUUAGACAUGUCAAAAAAUAAAGCACACUCCAAAUGGGCAUGUUGGACACCUGUAACAACUAUCAAGCUCUGCAGUAGCCAGAGAAGCCAUGCUUUACCAGGAAACACCGUUACCCAAGAUACCGGUGUCAACAAAAAAUACACUAAACAAAAAUCAGUGUCUGACAAUGGUUCUGAAGAAACACAAAGGGUAAAAUCUAGUAAAGAUGUAAUCAAGUGUAAAAAGCCAGAUGAAGCAGAAGUUUGUGAAAGAAAAUUUCAAGAACAAAAUCAUCCUAAAUAUUCACCAAAGAAAAAUACUGAAAACACAAAGCAGAGUGGUUGGCAUAUUGAAUCUGAAACUACCUACAACUCAGUACUCCUAAAUCAGACAACUGAAGAAUCCCUCAUCUAUAAGAAGAUGUGUGUACUGUCAAAAGAUGUGAAUACUACUAUCCGUGAUAAAAGCCCUUCUAGAAAAAUCAUGGGGAGUCAUACAAAGUUAAGCAAAGAACUGACAUCUGAACUUAAUUCCUAUGAGCUAAAAGAAAUACCAGUGAGAGAAAAUUCAAAAGAGAAAGGAUUAACUGGUGCAGCAGAACCUUUGAGUAGCCAAACUAGUAAGCCGCACAACCCAAGUGAUAGCAUGAUAUCAACAAGAAAACUAAAGGCGCCUCGGAAUGGCAGUGGGUUUUCAAAGAAACCUGACUUGCGGUUCAAUAAGGGUCAAAGAAAAAGUUACAGAAAACUGAAGACCACCUUUGUUAGUGUUACUUCUGGAUGUUCAUUGAACGAUGUGUAUAAUUUCAGCUUGAAUGGUGCUGAUGAACCUGUCAUAAAACUUGGAAUACAAGAAUUUCAAACUACAACUAGAGAAGCCAGUAUGGAUGAUUCAAUAAAAUUAUCAGGCGUAAGCAAUCAUGACGAACAGGACCCUUCUCUCAGAACAAAAGAUAAAGGAGUAUUAAACCAUGAAAAGAAAACCCUCUUUAGUGACACUGAAACAGAAUAUGGCUAUGAUGACAGCAAGACUGACAUUAGCUGGCUAAGAGAGCCAAAAUCAAAAAGACUAAUGGAUUAUAGUAGAAAUAAAAACAAGAAGAAAUAUAGAAGUAGAAAAUCAAGGUCAUCCAUGGAAAAAAGACCACCAAGAUCUACAAUGGUCCUCAAUAAAAACAUUGCUAAAAGGGAUUAUGAAAUAGUUGCAAAUGGGAGAACCAGACUUCCACGAAGAGCAACAAAAGCAAAAAAAAAUUACAAAGAUCUCUCAACUUCAGAAUCAGAAUCAGAGAGUGAAAAAAAUGUUUCAUAUUUAUUUAAAGAUAAAUUGCCAGCAAAGGAGGAGAAUAUCCAUUCCAGAGCCCAAACCAAGAAACAAAAGAAAGUCUUCAAUACAAAAACACCAACAGAACAGCCAUCAGGAAAACAGAACAACUCAUCUAAGCUCAGAGGCGGGAACGAAGACAGUAUUUAUAUAUCUUCUGCAUCUGUGUCUGGGAGUCCAUCGUCUGUGGAAGUGAUGAGAUGUACAGAGAAAAUAACAGAAAGGGAUUUUACUCAGGAUUUUGACUACAUCACAAAAUCUCUUUCACCUUAUCCAAAAACUGCAUCAUCUGAAUCCUUAAAUGUUAACAACAGAAUUAAUGAUCAGGGGAAAUCACCUAAAAUCAGUGAGACAAGUGCACGAUGUGUGAAAAAGGAUUGCUCACCUGUUUCAGGACUGCCCUCUUUGCCCAGACACACUCCAACCAAGAAUAAUUAUCAAAGAACCCAACAUUGUAACAGCUAUUCAGAUGUAAGCAGUAACAGUUCAGAGAAACAUUUUCUGGAAACUGAAUUUCCAGAUAGUGAUGACAACCAUAUGCAAAACAAGAAAGAGGAAAGUCCUGCAGCAUCUCCAUUAUCAUUGUCUAGUGAAAGAAUAGAGAAAAUAUGGUUUGACGUGUGCAGUGACAAUACUCAUGUAUCAGGUCCCAGUCAUCGUAGUUGUAAAAGGCGGAUGUACCUAGAAGAUGAUGUUCCCAGUAAUUCCAAUGAAGCAGAAUUGGAAGAGGCAGAUGAAAGAGAACAUUUGCUUUCCAAAAAACUAUGUGGAAGGAAGGAUUCGGAUCAACACACCCACAAAACUUCAUCAUCAACGCCAGAUUUUUCUAUUCCUGAAGACAGGCAAGAGGAGGUAACAGGUGUUGGAAUGUUUUAUGAUAACAUCAGCUCAGACUAUAAAAGGAAAAAUGAUACCCAACAUAAAAUCAUGGAUGAUUUUACUACAAAGGCAUUGAAAUUGACUCAGCAACAUCUGAUGACAAUGACCUGUCAAGCUCGGGGGCGCAGAGACGAAAAUAUUGGCGAAUUUCAAGUCACUCUCCUUGACGAGCUAGAGAAUUUUGAAAAAGCUUCAGAGACUUUACAAGAUUUGGAGAAGGAGCUUGAGGAUGUCGGGGAAAAGUUAGUUCAGAAGAUGAAGGCGUAUCGUCGAAGUGAGCAGGAGAGGCUUCAUGUUUUGAAAACUUCACUGGAUAAAAGUUUUCCUAUUUAUAACUCUGUUUACGAAGAGACUAUUUUUACUUCUGAGAUGCGUUCAAUGAAAGCAAACAUGAAAAUACUGCAAGACAAGCUACUUAAGGAAAUGCAUGAAGAGGAACUUCUCAACAUACGCAGAGGACUAUCAUCAUUAUUCAAAGUUCAUGAAGAAAAUAAUGUGUGAAAUCUGGCUGCUGUCAACAUAUUUUAUCUGAUUAUUAGUUUUUGUGUAUAACUGAAAGAAAAUAUAACAAAGUAGCCUUGCAAAUAUGUAUGAGCUAAGAAGCUGUAUGCCUAUGUGCAGGAACCUCCAGACUCAAAUGUUAGAGAAGAAAUACAUGACUCCAAAAACAACUUGUGUGUACUAUGAACAAGCAGUAAAAGAGCUUACUAUAGGGUCAUAAUUACAUUAAUUGUGUCUAUGAAACUAGUGUUUUUACUAAAGUAUUAUAUAAAGUGUAUUUUUAAAUUAAUAUAGUUUUGGAAUAAAAUAUGCUGAAAUUUGCAUAAUGGUUUGAAACUAAACAAGUUGUAAAAUAUUAGCCAGUCUAAUAUUGGCUCUGCUUUAAAAUGUUUACUUGUUUGUACUUUCAUACUUUGAGAUAUGUAUAGUUCUAGUGCAUUAAAAAUAUACUAAAUGACCUAAAAUUGUAGCUAUAUAAAUAUUUUAUCACAAUAUAGAAGUCUAAACACCAAAGCAGGCUACUUGCCAAUCCUUUCUAAGCUCCUGUUAUUUACAUAAUAUUUUGUUAGAUUAUUUUUUAAAUAAAUGCCUAUUUCACAGUUACUAUUAUUCUAUUUAUGAACCAUGAAUUACAAACCACCUUCGGUCAGACACUUGAAGGAUAAUAAGGUGAUACCAAGCAGCUUCACACUCCUUUGUCUAUUUGAAGGUGGUAGAAUAUGUGAACAAUACCAGUGUUUAAUGUUAUAAUGGUAAAGUGGCUCCUUAGUCAAGUACAAAAUACAUUCUCGGUGUAUUCAGUUGACAUUAGCUAAUAUUUUAAGACUUAUAAAGAAAAAUGA